AUGCUACACUAUCUUUUCCAUGUUAAGAUUAAACCAUCAUUUGCGAUCAAUCCAUUUGCCACCAUUAAGUAUUUCUCCUCCUCAGCGCCUUCUAUCACAUCUUUUCUCCUAAAACAAUGCAAAUCCUUAACCCAAACCUACCUCAUCCAUCAGCAGAUGGUAGUCCAAAACCUUACCCACAUCCCCACUUCCCACCUCAUUGCUGCUUACAUUUUCCACAACUCUCCUUCCCAUGCUCUAUCCCUUCUGAUACGCCGUUCACCCUCAGCUUCCUCCUCCUACGGGUGGAAUAUGCUAAUCCGUCGUGCUGUUAACCUUAGGCUACUUCACAAUGCACUCCAUCUUUUCCUCCUUAUGGUGAGGUGUGGAUGGCAUCCUGAUCAGUACACUUUCCCUUUCGUCCUUAAGGCCUACGGGGAGCUCAACUACUUUUGUAGUGGCUCUUCUGUUCAUGCUCUGAUUUGCACAAGUGGGUUUGAUUCAAAUGUCUUUGUUUGCAAUGCACUAGUGGCUAUGUAUGCUCGAUGUGGGGCCUUGGGCUAUGCUCAACAGAUGUUUAACGAUAUGUAUCAGAGAAGGAUUUAUGAUAGUGUUUCAUGGAAUACAAUUGUAGCAGCUUACAUGCAAAGCGGCAAUGUAGAAACUGGGUUUAUGUUGUUUGAUAAAAUGACUGCUGAUGUAAAAGUUCGGGUGAAUGCUGUUAGUCUUGUCAAUGUGCUUCCUGCAUGUGCAUCCGUUGGCUCGUGGUUGAGGGGUAAGCAAGUGCACGGUUAUGCAAUGAGGAAUGUGUUGUUUGAGGAUGUAUUUGUGGGAAAUGCAUUGGUGGAUAUGUAUGCGAANUUCUUACACUUUUGUUUUGCACACUUGCUGUUUGCUGAAAUGCUUGAGUUAGGAUUCUAUUUAAGUUAA